GACCGCGCGCGCCGCGUCACGUCCGCCGCCCAUCACGCCAGCAGUCCGUAGUAGUCGUCUGUCCGCUUCCACGUCGUCCGUUCGUUCGGUCGUCCGUCCGCCUGUCCGUGUCUGUCCGCGUCUUCGGCGCGAUCACCGUACUCGCACGGCGCCCUGCCGAAUCCCCUGAGACUCCGUCCGAUUGUCUCGCACAAACGCGAUUCGUUUCGGUUCGUCUUGUCGAUUUGUUUUUAUCCCCAACCGAUUUUCACCUCUGUCGAACUCUUUCGUGUCUCCGUAUCCCGAGCGUGAAACUUUCGCGUGAUCAAUUCGCGGGUGCUUCCCCCCACUGUCCCGACAUCCGUCGUCGUUCAGCGAUUCCUUUUUUUCCGAAAAAAAAAAAAUUAAUCACCAAGACCCGGUUCACUGUCGUACGCGACACGACACAUCCGAUAGUGACGAUUGAAACGAUUUUCGUCGUCCAUCUUCGCCGCGCCGGAACAUUGGCCGUUGCGGCAGUCAGCGUCGUCUACCGGUGUCGAUCUAGUACGAUUUACGGCAAUCCGGUCAUCUCGUGACACACGUAAAUCUGCUGCAGCGGACGGGGACGAGACAAUUCUUCGCUCGCGCAUGAGGGUAGAGGUAGUCGCGCUGCAGUGAUCGUCGCCGGUCGGCCGACCGCCGUCGCCACCACCACCGCCGACGCCUCAGCUUUAACAUUACCGUCAUGACGAUCACCGCGAUGACGGCGAUCGCGGUCUGGUGCGUAGCCGCCGUGCUGGGCGCCGCCGGUGGUCUGGUGUUGGACGGCACCUACGGCCAGUUCCGGAAGUGGAACGCGGGUGUCAACGGCACGCUGGAGAUGGAGUUCAAGACGAGGUCGCCAAACGGUCUACUCAUGUACACCGACGACGGCGGUACGUACGACUUUUUCGAGCUGAAAAUGGUGGAGGGCACCAUGCGACUGCGGUACAACCUGGGCGCCGGUGCCCAGAUACUGAUGGCCGGCCACGACCUGUACGACGGCCGGUGGCACCGGGCGGCCGUCGAGCGCCGCGGCCGCGUCACCGCCCUGACCGUGGACAAUGCGACCAGCGCGGCCGCGUCCUCCGGCAAAGAGCUGCAGUUCGGCCGAUUGGCGUCCAAUUCGGCCGUGUAUGUGGGCGGCAUGCCAGGCUGGUACAAUGGCCGGCUCACCCGACUCGCGUUGCCCAGCGUCAUUUUCGAGCCUCGGUUCAGCGGUGCCGUCCGCAACAUCGUCUACACCGACGACUUUUAUCCGUACCCGAGACGGCAGACCGCCGUUACUGAUACAGCCCGACAGCCAAAGUGUACCGGUACAAGAUGUCGUCGUACGCUGAAUAGAGAAAAAAAGUCAAAGGUUAAUGGUGGAGGAAUUAACGGGAAUCGCCGUGGUGGAGGUAAUUCAGAUGCCUGUGAAAAACACGAUCCCUGUCAACAUGGUGGGAUUUGCAUAUCUACAGAUGAUGGCCCAAAAUGUCAAUGCCGCGAUAAAAAUUUUGAAGGAGCCUACUGCGAGAUAGAUAAGGUAAUGGCAGAAGCUUCAUUUACUGGAGGAGAAUUUUUGAAAUACGCAUUCGAUGGUAACACUGAAGGAGAUUCAUUCGUAUUGCACUUCAAAACUAAAAAGCCAGCUGGACUACUAUACCACAUGGGAGAUGGCUCAAGUAACUACUUAAACGUAGGUAUCGUCACUGGUGGUAUUACAGUGACCAUGAGAGUAGGCACAGGCUCACUGGAUAUGUUUAUCAAGCCAAACAGAAUACGGUUCGAUGAUAAUCAAUGGCAUAAGAUAUCAGUGACACGCAAAGUACAAGGGAUUUCUGCAGUUACCAGUUUUUGCAAGCUGGCCGUGACAGUAGACGAAGUUUACGGUGAACAAGGGAGUUCUGCCGGUGCGUUUACGUCCUUGACCCUAGGAUACUUAUACCUGGGUGGCAGUGAGAACACCGUUGCGUUGCCGGGCACAAAAGCGAGCACAAACUUUGUGGGAUGCAUUCGAAAAGUGGAGUAUACUUCCGAUGGCGUAAAUAAAUACGAUUUCUUAGAAAUGGGAAAAACUGGCAUUUCGACUAUACAAGUAUAUGGCCGAUUGCAAUUUUCGUGCCAAGACUUUGGAAUGGACGAUCCUGUGUGCCUAUCUACGCCCCGAUCAUUCCUCAUGCUGCCUAAUUGGGACGGUACGACUAGUGGUUCGAUUUCAGUAAAGUUUCGAACCAACGAGCCAGAUGGUCUAUUAUUUUUCAGCAGAGGUCAAACUGAACAUACUUCUGGUAUUUAUGCGGUUGAAAUGGUUGACGGACGACUUUACGUGUAUUUGGACUUGGGCGCUGGCGGUACUCGUGCUGAAGUGAGUUCGGAAAAGACUAAAGUCAACGACGGUCAAUGGCACGAAUUUUCGAUAUGGCGCAAUGAUAGAGAUAUACACUGCACCGUAGACGAUUAUUCUUCAGAUUUCACAACAAACGGUGAUUCUAAUCAGUUACACCUACAGAACGGCAUCAUGUUAGGAUUUGGUGGACGGGCGGUGUACCACAAAAAAAUACCGUCUGGCGUGUGGACACUGUCAUUGGAAACGGGAUUUGUAGGAUGCGUGCGUGACCUCGUCCUGGAUGGUGUAGCAAUCAAUUUGGUCAGCUCAUCUCUAGAACAGGAUCAUGUUUCCGUAACACCACAUUGCCCUGAAUCUACAAACAGUUGCAAAUCAGAUACUUGUUACAACGGAGGAAUUUGUCACGAAGGUUGGAACCGUGUGAUAUGUGACUGUUCUAAUACCGAAUACGCUGGUGCAACUUGCAUGAAAGAAUCGUCCAUGUACAGUUUUAACGGAACACAGUACGUACAAGCAAUUAUGCCAGAAAAGAUGACAACUCAAGUUGAAGAUAUGUAUUUUCGAUUUAAAACAAAUAGACCGUUGGCCGUGUUAAUGAAGACUUUCGAUAGUUCAUGGGAUAGACUAGAAAUCGCAUUGAUAGUUGGAAAAAUUAGAUUAGCCUUAAAAAUCGGUGACAAAGAAAAGGUGGUUUUAUGUGGAUCUCAUUUAGACGAUAAUAACUGGCAUUCGGUGCAUUAUAUUAGAAGAGCGCAUGAAAUUCGUUUGAAAGUGGACAAUGUCACUGUAAAAAACGAUUCCGAUAUGGAAGAUAAAAUAACACUUAAAUGGCAAGGUCUAUUAGUUGGUGGCACGCCUCCUAAGGAUCCAGAUGCUUUAGCGAAUCUCCCCAGCUUUAUCGGUAGCAUGCAACAGUUCAUACUAAACAAAAUCAAUUAUUUUGAUCUUGCGAAAAUUUCAACCAGAGGCUUUCCGGAAGACUUACCCAAAGUACACAUGACCUCUAAAUACCAAAAACAAGAAAAGCCCCCUUCGUUGGUGAACACGGUUACGUUCCUAUCAAAGAAUACGUUCAUAGGAUUGCCGCCAUUAAAGGCCUACUCGAGAAUGGAAGUAUACUAUAGAUUUAAGACUAAGCACACGUCCGGAUUGUUUUUCUAUAAUGGUGGAAAACACAACGAUUUUGCACUGGCUGAACUGAUCAAUGGCCACAUACUUAUCAACAUCCGUUCAGGUACGCACGUGAUUCGUCUUCGGGACUCUUCGAAGAACAGUUAUAGUGACAACUACUGGCAUUCGGUGCACUUGUUACAAAUAUCAGCUACUAUGUUUUGUCUACUUAUUGACGAUCAGGUAGCAUCAAUCGCGACUAUUUCUAGACCCCACAAUAUACAAUUAAACGGAAUGUUUUAUGUUGGUGGUGUGCCUAAAGAACUGCAUAAACGUCAGUCAAAGCAUAUACACUCGAGACACGGGUUUGAGGGAUGCAUGUCCGGCCUGGAAUACAAUGGCGAAUCUCCAGACAUGGUUGAGAACGCCACCAUACCCAGCACACUCAUCACCGUGGGUUGUGACGGACUUAGCAAAAUGUGCACGCAAGACAUGUGUGACAACCAUGGGACGUGCGUGGAACAGUGGAAUUCGUAUUCAUGCGAUUGUGACAUGACUGCGUUCGUUGGACCGACGUGUUCUGAACCUUCUAUUUCCUACGAUUUUGGCCCAGAUGGGGGUCUUGUAACAUAUGCGUUCCCCGACGGACGCCAACCAGAUAUGCAAAACGAUCUAUUGGCUUUGGGUUUCAUCACGUCUAAGUCUAGUGGUGUGCUAUUUCGUGUAGAAAGUGGCACUUCUGGUGAUUACCUACAGCUUGAAAUGGUGAAUGGGCACAUAGUAGUAGUUUACAACGUCGGAACUAAUGACCACCCCAUCGGUGAAGCCAAUAUCAUAGUGAAUGACAAUUCCUAUCAUUUGAUCAGAUUUGUAAGGUCGGGGCCAAACUCGACGUUGCAGGUGGACGAUAAUAGUAUGCAAACUCUAUACCCCUCAGGACACCAACUCAGCGUUUUCAAUAGACAGUCAACAAUUCAAGUUGGUGGUAGGUGGAAUAAAACCAAACAACGUAUUGAAGACGCGUUCGAAGGAGUUAUGGUUGGGUUGGUCUUUAAUGGCCUCAGAGUAUUUGACUUGACAGCGAACAGAGAUCCGAGGACAACCAGCAAAGGAGAUGCGCAACAGUUGUCAUCAAUUUUGGACAGGCUGAACGAACACUCUCUGUUGGAUACCAUGCAACAGACACCAGCGUCGGGUGUAAUGGACGACUUAGUAUACUCUGGAGCAGGAUCUGGUUGUAAUCACGACGAUGAAGACCAGUGUACAGUUACGUUUGAUGUUGGGUCUGGAGAUGACUUGAUUACACCUGUGUAUGUACCUCCAACAGUUGUACCGCCUCCAUCAUUAGUAACUGAUGUCCCCGGAGCGUGUGAUGACGAAGAAACCGACUGUAUUACAGGUUCAGGAUUUGGCCCUACUUCUUCUACUGAUGAUUCAGCCACUACUAUUAAAAGUUCGCAUGCGGUGGUGACGACGUUCAAUGGCGUUACCAACUGGACGACGACGAUCGUCAACCGAACCGCAGGGGUGGAACAGCAUUCGACGAACAAGACUAGCGGGUCGGCGACAAUGAGUACCGCGGUCCCGGCCACUAACCAGACAGAGCCAUACUGGUCGUCGGCCGCCACGACCACUGCGACGAAAACGGCCACGCACUCGAGGGCGCCCGGCACGGCUGUGACCGUGACCGCGACCGCGGUGACGAACACGUCGAGCGGUUCGGCGGGCGUGUCAUCUUCUGGCGGCAACGAAAAAUCAACCAGCACAGGCACUGGAACCGUGGUCACCUCAUCCACGAGUACCACCAGCACCUCGACGCACUCGACGUUCUUCGACAACGACGACAAGGAGACGAAUGUGAAAUCAGGCGGCGGCGGUUACGAAUACGGCGGCGGCAACCGUUACGGCGGUGGUUACGACGAACGCGACGGCGAGACGAUGAUGACCACGCCAAACGUGGUGUUCGGUGGUGAUCAUUUCCCGCCGGCGGCCAAACCGACGCCGCCCAAGCACACCGAGCCGCCCAUCAACACGAAAGCGGCCGAGAGCACAGCGUUCGUAGUGCUCGUCACGGCCGCCACGCUCAUCAUCAUCGUGCUCAUCAUACUGCUCGUGCUCAAAGUCAAGUACAGAACCGACACGAACAGAUAUAAGAUCGAAAUGCCCAAAGCUUACGGAGCGCCCGUCGACCAAGGGUCGGACAGGGGUGGCUUGUGCCAUCAGCAGCAGCAGCAGCAGCAGCAGCACCUCCAUCACCAGCAGCAGGCCAACUUGCUGUCGCCGGGCAACUAUCCGUCGUCGGCGCAGUCGUCGCCCACUUACGCGCACAACAACUUCAGGCCGCACAGCGGCGGCGGCGGUGUCGGCGGCAUGGUCGGAGUGAGCAACAAGCCGAAGAAGAGACAGGACGUGAAGGAGUGGUACGUGUGAGGCGGUCAGGCGUACACGUGCCGUACGCUAACCGCCGUACCCAUACGGCACUACUCGGAAAACAAUAACGAUAAUAAUACGCCCAAAUAUUAUUAUACCUACGACCUAGUAUUGUGUAUAUAAGCGUGUACGAUAACGUUAUCAUGUUUUAGGUACAUAUAUAUAUAUAUAUAUAAUUAUAAUUAUUAUUAUUAUUGUGUAAUAUUGUAAAAUGUAUAUAAUAGUGUGCGUUGUAGGUAUUGCGUAUAACAUUAUACGUCAUUAUAAUAUUAUAUAGGUAUAGCCGAUGUAAAUAAUACAUUGUAUUUCGAGAGUCGCCACGCGUAACCUACCUACGGUCCGUGUUUGCAUGUUGGUAUCGAUGGUAACCGCACGUGGUAUGCACCGAUUGCAAUCGUAGCAAUGUUAUAUAUUAUUAGGUAGGUAUCUACGUACCUAAUACCUAUCACACGCGUUAUACGCGCAAAUACCGCGCGCGUGAACGUUGAAGUUAGCCUGCUACCGUUAAGCUGCGUAAUCCGCGUGUGAUACAAUAUAAUUUUGUAAUAUCGUUUAAGCGAUAUUAUGUCUUACGAUAAAAAAUUGUUUAUGGAGUGUAAUAUUAAUAUUUAAAUAUUCACAACUUACUAUAUUUGUAUUUUAAUGUAUUAUUAUAAUAUUUCCUAUCCUAAACGAGCAUAAUUGUAAUUUACGAUCAUAUUGUAUAAAAAAAAAAAAAAAAAAUAUAUCAUCCAUCGACCAUCAAAAAUUGUCUGCAAGACUUUAAUGAUAAUGACUAUAAGUACGUUCUGCCCCCCGUCGAGAUCGCGGUCAGUUUUUAAAUAUUUACUAUGAUUUGCUAGGCUAUGCGUUCGGAUAAUAUUAUUUUAUAUUAAUUAUUAAUAUUAGACGCGUGCGAUUUUUAUUUAUAUCGCCUUUUAUUUGUUUUUCUUAACAUAUUAUGCCCAAUACUAUAAUAUUUUAUGUCAUUAUUCUUCUAUCAUCCACGAUAUCCAUGCUAGUUAGGCAACUUCCGAAAUCGAUUAUGUUUUAAUAAUAUUAUUAUGGAUAGGAUUAGAAUGUUUAUGGCCUUAAUAACUCUAAAAAAAAUUAUUCAAAUAUACCAAGAAUAUAUCAUAAUAUAUGAACCAUAUAUGGAAUUUUAUAAACAUCCCUUCUCUUAAGAUAUUUAAAUAUUACCUUAUUAAUUGCAUUAAAUGAUUGUAUUAUUAAUUUAUAUUAUUCAUUCAAAACAUAAUACCUAUACAUUUUAAUAGCUCGCGUGAUAUACGUCAGUGGCGUCGUUUGGGAGGAGGGGGGGUGACAAGGUGGGUGUUUUCUCCUAUAUGAUUUUAAAAACUGAUGAGAUUGGUAAUCAUAAUCCAAUAUAGUUUAAAAUGUAAUUUAUUUCUAUGGUCUUGUUUCUAUGCAGUUGAUACGAAAGUAUACUUACUAAAUUUAAAACAAGAAUAUAUGCACUAAUAGCUUAGAAAUAUUUUUAUUAUUUAACCCUGUUAACAGAUUUUUAAUUACAAUAAAAUAUAAAAUAUCUGCAACUUAAUAUUUUUAAUCUAUUUUAUUAGUUAUUAAAAAAAUGUUUCAUUGUAACGGUUAUAAAAUAAAAUAUGAGAGAUGAAAAUAAUAAUUAAAUAAAAAUGUAAAUAUAACUGUGGUUGAUAGUGUAGCAAAUGGCUUUUUUUAAGUUAACUAUUGGACCGGACAAAACUUUCGCCCCCCUCCUCUACUUAAAACUGAAAUGACACCACUGAUGUAUGUUGAACUUUCGUGUAAGUUGUGAUACCAAGAAUAUCCAUUGCCUAUUAAUAAUUAUGAGUAGGUAUUACCGAUGUGUGUAUGAUAUUAAUUGUGAAAGCAUGACAAACGCACAUUUAAUUUAAAUUAACAAAAAAAUAUGUACCUACUUUUAUUUAUAAAAUGUAAAAGCAAUUACCUACUAUGUAAACAAUUUCACAAAAACUUUACUAAUGUUAAUAAAACAAUGUUAUAUAAAAAUUAAAAACAAAAAUGUAUUUAGCUAAAAAUAUACAAAAUUUAAUUUAAUUUAACAGAUUUAUAAUUUAGUCAAAAAUGCGCACGACUAUAAAAGAAUAUGUAAAAGUCAUAAACAUUCUAAUACCAUACCUACCUAAUUUAUUAUCAAGUUAACACAACGUGUUGCAGAGAAAGUUUCGUUUUACUAUUCAACUUUAUAAAUAUAUCAAUACGACAACGCUUUGAUUUUCAAUUAACAUUUUUAUAUUUGCUGUUUGCUUUACUACUAUCAUUAGGUAUACUUACCAUAUUAUUAUAUAGCUAUAUUAUAUGUACGCGUAUUUUUCAAUACAAGUCCAUAAAAUAUACUUAUAUAAAUCGGUUUCGGUGAAUUUUUUUUCGAUUUUACGUUUCAAGGAUGAGACAAUAAUAAUCAUUACUCAUAGGUAUUAAACAAUUAUUCAAAGUAUAAUUACUACAACUAUUACUAUAAGAAUAGAAUGUUAUAUCAUUAAGUUUAAUUAAUAUGGGUUGUAUUAUUAAUAUAUUAUUACAUACUAGAAUAGCCAAAUUAUAAUCAAAUAUGAUUUAUCAUAAUGUUUUUAUUAAGUUGUAACAGUAACUUAAAAUUCACAAUACAUUAGUACCUAGUAAGUGUCUAUAAUAAUUUUUAAGGGCAUUAUAUGCAAUUUACUAUAUAUAUAUUAUCAUUAAUUGUUAUUAUUAAAUUUAAUAUUUAGAAGUACUUACAACACAUUGUAUUUUAAGCCUGUCAUACGAUUACCAGCUAUUUUUAUUGUUAAUACCUACUUUUUAAAAUUCUACCAUAUUAUUUUCAAAUUUUUCUAAUUUGAUUUUAAUAAAUACGACGUGUAAUAUCGCAGGAUUUCUAAAAGAAAUUACCAUAAAAUAUACAAAGGUAUAACGUGUACGUAUAAUGUACCUAUACCUAUAUCGUCUAAUAAAUAAUACAAUAAUUAUAAUAUGCCAUCAAUAUUGUGGCGAGUUAGCCCAAAGCACAGAAAUAAACAAAAAGUAUAUAUGUUGAAACUCCUUUUAUUUAAUUUUUUUAAUUUUUGAUAUUACCAAUAAAAGCAUUUUUCUGAAGAUAACUUUUUAUCAGUUUCUUUCUACGAUUCAAGACGAUUUUUCAUACGAUUUAUUAAAAUGUAUAAUAGACCACUGAAAAAGAGUAGGUAUCAAUCUGAGUUCUGGUGAUAGGAAGGUAUCUAAAAUUGUAUACGACUGUGACAUGAUAAAUAAUAACGUGUUUAUAAAAGUAUCUAUAGUCAUAUUAAUAUAAUAAUAUAAAAUACAAAAAUGUAGUACAAAUUCAUUUAAAAGGUGUUGAAGUUUAUUUUUCUUAAACAGUGUAAUAUCUAAAUUGUCGAUUUUAUUAUUUUUAGGUACUUACCUAACAAGUUAAAAAUAGGCAAUUAGUUUAAAAGUCAAAAAUUCCUCGUGCAUCAACUCUCCCCGUUUUUUUUUUACACUCGUUAAUGAACAAUCACAUAUCAAUUAAAAAUAAUGAUUGUAUAUUAUACUAUAUUUUACUCUUAUAAUGCCUAAUUUAGUAAUCAAUUUCUACCGGACAUUUCCAACUAUAUAAGCCAUUUUUUGGAAUAUAUUUAGGUACCUAGUUCUUCAACAACCGAGACUAAAUCAGAAAUAUUAGUUCUCAUCCUUGUAAUGUAGGUAUCCUAUAGUUGUAAUUAUUAAUUAUAUUGUUUUUAUUAUCAUUGAUCACCUACCUUAUGUACGGAAUCAAUAUUGUGAGAAUAUAUAACUAAUUAUAACGGAUUUGAAAAUGCACACACCAACAUUCGUCGUUGGUCUAUAACAAUGUCGUUUUCUCGUUCUAUGUAUAAUGUACAAAGUUUGAAAAUAUAAAAUAAUUAUUAAAAAAUGUAGAUUAUUCGUUUUAUAGUGGAAUCUUUGUACAAAAUAAUUGUUAAUCAAUGUACUAUAAAUAAAAUACCUACCUACUAAUAGUUGUAAUCAACGUUACACGCAAUAAUAGUUUUAUUAGUUAACUUAUUGUAGAUAAUGAACUUUAUAGACAAAUUUUUGUCUCAUACAUGAUUAUGCGUAUGUAAAUAUAUUUAAAAUGUAGGUAGUUCCCAAAAUCUAAGCUCAAAAUUGAUCGUGAGGCGACAAUUUGAUUUUAUAAUUAGCAUACAUAACUAAUUGUCCUAGGUAGGUAUCUAUUAACUAAUGAUAUUGAUAUUUUGAUAGAAUAUAAACGGUGAUAAUAAUUAAAUUUAAAAACCUAGGAAUGUAUUAUUAUUAAAUAAUAAUAAUAUUAUUUAAUAACAACAUAAAUGUGAUCAAUAAUCAAUUCGAGCGUCUUAAUAACGUUUAAUGAAGCAUCGUCAAUAGCAUUAAUUUUUAAAUUUAAUUUAAUUGUUUAAAUUACCUAUGCAUUAAUAAGAUACAUUUAAUUUCACACAAAUAUUUAAAAUUUACUAUUUGUCGAUACACUUGACUAAUUGAUAAUUAAUAAUAUGGUAAUUUAAUAAAACAUUUAUACAACAAAUAAAUAAAUCAAAUUCAUUUGUUAUUUUUUUUUUUAUAUAUUUAUUAACAAAAUAUGACUUCUUACUUUCUUAGAAUAAUUUAAUUCUAUUAAAACAUAUUAUAUUAUAAUUUUGUAUACGUACCUACCUAUUUCUUUAUAUUAAAUAUUAAACCAUAAUUAUUACCUUUUUAUAUUCUAAAAAUAUAUCCAUGUCAGAUUUUUUACAUCAACAACAAUUUAAUUGUUCAGAAAAUAUAUUGUGUUAAUUGUACUGAAAUUAUAAUCACUUUGAUGUAAAACUUUCUAUUUGAAAUGAUUACAUAUUUUUAUCAAUCAAUAUUUAAUAUUAAAUGUUUACUUUUAUUUGGUGGUUGUAUUGUAUAAACUCAAAACACUAGAACUAGGCAUUUUUAACAACGAGUUUAAAAGAGAAAUAACAAUACAGUUUAAACAAUUUGAAACAAUAAAAACAAUUAUUCAUGGACUAUACGAUCAAUUUAAAUAUUUUCAAUACAUUUAUUUGUAUUACCUAUGCAUACCUAAUUAAAAAUACGUAUAUCUUCAAAUAAUGCGUGUCUUUUAAAUAAUUUUAAUAAUAAAAAGUCUUUAACUUGUUUUAUUCUUCCAAAUCAUAUCGUAUUUGUAAUUUUAUAACUAUAUAUAAAAAAAAAAUUAAAAAAAUCGAUAAAGCUUAAAUUACCAAUAAAUUAUAUUUAUUACAAUUGCUUGUUAAUGAGUUAAAACUAUCACAAUUAUUGUUAUAUGAUUAUAUAGAAAAUUGCAAAUUUGAUAGGAUAUCUGAUUUCAUAAUUAUGCUUUUCUGACAAAUUCAAUAAUUUUAGUUUUUUAAAAUAUUUUAUAAUAUUAUACGAGUAUCAUGAUUUUUUAUGCCCAUAACAUGCAAGCUAAAACGUAACCAAGUGCCCUCUUUUCUCUAAAAAUAAAUAAAUAAAAAUAAACUUUUAUUUUCAUAUUUUUAAAUCAAAAAUCCAUUAAAGAAAGCAAAUACAAUAUUAUUAACAUAAUAGUUGUUAGGUUCCUGUAUUUAAGUCAAUUUAAAACAUUCAAUAAUUGAUCAUCUCACUUAAAAUUUGAGUUUAACAUUCAAUUCAAUCGGAAUCCCAGAAUAUUUUUUUUUUCAAAACCCCAGAAUAAUACAUUUUAUUUAAUCCAAAAAUAUAACAGAUUUUUAUCAUAAAAAUGCCAUAUGAUAUAUCUUUUUUUAUGUAUUUUAUACAGUUAAUAGUUAAAUGUAAAUAAUUUAAAUUUAUAAUUCAUUAUUCAAAUAAAUUAUUAUAUCUCUGAAAUUCUAACUAAUAACCAUUGAUUAAAUCUAAAAUUGUAAUUGUAUGACAUAUAAUAUCCGUUAUUUAAUACUAAACACGUUAAAACUAUAUGAAGCCUUUUCUGUAGAUUAACAAUCAAUCACAAGUGUCUAAUACUUAUAUCAAUACAGAACAUACCUAAAUAUAAGAAAAUUGUGUUUAUUUUAUACUACCUACCUACCUAAAUAUUUUAAGUAGAAAUCAUAUAACUUAAGUGUGAAAUUGUAUUGAAUUCUGUAACAUUAUUUCAAACUUUGUUGUUGUUGUUUUUUUUUUUAAUAUUAUUAUAUCUAUAUUAAUUUUAAGCUUAAUUUGUAUUUGGUGUGUGUAGUAAUGGAACGAAAGCAAUAAAACAGCACAUCUCUUGAUUAUUGAAUCUAUAUUAUAAUGUUAAUCAUUAUAAAACUAUCAGCUACAAAACUACCGAGAUCGUAAAUUAAAUCAUUAUAAUUAUUGAAUUUUAUUUAAGUAUUAAAAUUUAAAUAAUAUAACAUAUUAUUCAACCGUGAGAUAUGCUGAACUUGACUUUUUCACCUAUUAAUUGUUAAAAAUAUAAUUUAUGUAUCUAUUAGAAAAAUGCUUUUGUAAUUUGUAUGAUUGAUAAAAUACCAGUAUGAUUUUUAAAUGUUGACAUCUAUGUUGUUAAAAGUCUAUACUAAUAAAAAAUGUUGAUUAGUUAUCAUAGAAAUGUGACAGACUUAAUUAAAUAAUUGUACGAAAAUUCCGUGAAAGACAUUAUAAGUAAAGUACCUAAUUAGGCGCUUAAGAUUUUCUUAACUAGAAAUAGCUAGGUAUCAAUUACCUAUCUUAGAUAUAAAAAUUGAUUUUAUAUGGGUUAAAUACAAAUUUAUUUAAAUAAAAUGUUUAAUUUGAGAGUA